UGUUGUUGAACCAUUUCACUCUAUCUGGUUCAUCGUCUCCGCUUCUUCUGCGUUUCUCUCUCAGCUUUUCGUUUUUCCCCCACUUUCCCCCCCCCCCAAGUCGCAGACACCACCAAUGCGGCCAUCCCCGCAACCGCAAGCUCCUCCCGACGGAACGACGCUCGCCCGUUGAAGGCCCCCCUCCCCCUAGUCCCCUUCCAUCUCCCCGUUGCUUGCAUGGAAGAAUCGGAGAGACGACAACAACGACGCCGCGGCGGCGGCCUCGACUGGGACAAGCUCCUCGCCGCCGCCGACGCCGACGACGACGCCGGCCGCCCCCCGCCGGUCCUGAUCGUCACGCGCUCCUCCUCCUCCUCCUCCUCCGGCUGCUCCUUCGGAGGCCCUCUUCCCGUGAUGGAGUCCGACGACUGGAUCGCGGGCCUCAGCGACCAGAAGCUGGCGGAGUCCAUCGCCAGCAAGGCCCGCACCCUCAGAGACGUCCAGCGGCGCUUGCACGACGGCGGGGAUAAGCUCCGGUCGAUGCUCAGGCGCCUCGAGGAGGAGCAGGAGCGGAGGAAGCUCCGCCGUGUCGAGAAGGAUGCUGAUGAAAGUGAGGAGCCCACGCAGUCCACUAGUGCAAUUGCUCAUGGUGCAUCUGAUGGCUUAAGAGAAGUGACAACACAAUUGACAGCCCCCCUGCAGUCCUCGUUCGCAAAGAUUUUUUCUGAAAAAUUGGAGGACAAAACUCCUUGUAGAGCUUCCAACUUGCAUAAGAAUGAACCACCUAGCAUGACUUGCUCAAAUCCGCUAAUAAAGAAAUCCAUUGGAAAGAUCUCGCCAAGAAAAAGGAAAAGUGCUUAUACGUCUUCCAGAAAACAGCCAUUUAAGGGACCAAGAAAUCUUUCGGUGGAACGAGCCGAUCAUUUACCUAACGGUGACCGGAAGACUAGAUCAUCAUCCAUUUAUACCUUACGUGGUCAUGACGGAAUGUUUUCUAGUCGAUAUUCCAGAAGGACCUGGACCCUUAUCUGCACCUGGAUGAUGUCUCGGCAGUUGCUUUUGACACCAUUUGCAGCACUGGAAAAUGAUUUCCAUGGUCAACUUUUCAAAGAUUUGAAGACUAAAAAGGAGCCAACAGUUGUUCUUGUCGACGAGGAAGAAUGUCAACAAGUGGAGAGAACUGAAGGAGUUGACAGAGUGAAUGAAUGUAUGAAAGACGCUACAAUCUACUAUCCGUCAAGGUAUGAUCCACAAUCCGUUGAAAUUUGUUAUGCAGACAUAGAAUGCCUUGCUCCCGAGCAUUAUUUGACGUCACCUAUCAUGAACUUUUACAUUCUAUACCUACAACAGCAAGCUUUGGAGUCGGAUAAAGGAAUACAUGAUUAUCAUUUCUUUAAUACUUAUUUCUACAAGAAGCUCCAAGAGGCAUUAUCAUGCGAGGGAAAGGAGAAAGAUGCCCUUUUUGUUAAGUUUAGAAGGUGGUGGAAGGGCGUGAACAUAUUUCAGAAGGCUUAUGUCUUUAUACCAAUACAUGAGGACCUUCAUUGGAGCUUGGCAAUUAUCUGCAUUCCUGACGAGGAUUGUCACUCUGGCCCUAUUAUACUUCAUCUUGAUUCACUUCGGCUUCAUCGUAGUAGAUCAAUUUUUGAUUACAUUAGAAGCUUUUUGGUUGAAGAAUGGAGUUAUCUGAGGCAACAAGUUGCUCCUUCAGAUCUUCUAAUUGAAGAAGAGAUUUGGGAGGUGCUCCCUGAUAGAAUUGGUGACAAGAUAAUUGCCGUUCCUCAACAGAAAAAUGACUAUGAUUGUGGUCUCUUCGUACUUCACUUCAUGGAACGCUUCACUGAAGAAGCUCCUGAUAGGCUGAAAAAGAAGGAUUUAGCUAUGUUUGGUAAGCAGUGGUUCAAGCCUGAAGAAGCCUCUGGUUUGAGAGUGAAAAUCCAGAAUUUACUUGUGAAAGAAUUUCAAGAUUCAACAGAGGGUCAACAUGCUUCGGGUUCUUCAGACUCAGAUGAAGCCCCGGCAGUGGCAGAGUGUGUGGACAUCAAAGAUCCUUGAUCAUUUACAUUUGAUUGGGGGCAACUGACAGAGCCGAUCCAAAUGCUUCGGUCCUAGUUUCCUUCAUCUACUUAUCGAACUAACAUCUUCUGCUGUACAGGAUAUCCGGAAUCAGUUUUGUAUAGCCUGGAAUUGUCCAAAUACAGAAUUUCAGAGAAGAGGGGGCACCUGUUGGGACCCAGUUAUCGAGUGUUCCUUGGUUCAUCCAUUUUUUGCAAGUACCAUAUUGUUCAUGCUCUUGUACAGGAGGAUAACGCGAUGUUCUGAAUUUUCACAUAUAGAUGGUGCUAAAGAGAUUCUGUCUCUUAUCAUUUAGACGUAAGGGGUAUCCCCAACCAAAUUUUAUUGGGCAUGUAAGCUUUGGGCAGUUUGAAGACAUGCUCGACUUGUAAAGAAAAACUGGGACAUUUUAUCGCGGAAUAUUGCUUAGAUUUCAUUCAGUUGUUUUUC